GGUACUCGUAGUCAUAGGGUGCGCGUGCGCCGGCCGACAGUGUGCCCGCAGACGGCGCGUGAGCAAGCCGUCCGCGCGCGUGACGAUGACGAGUCGCCGCAAGCUUUCGUUCCUAGGGUUCGCUCCGCAGAUGGCGGGGCAGGACGAGGUGCAGCUGGACGAGGAGAUGGAGCGCGUGGUGUGGGCCGAGGGCGCGCCGCCGCGCCGCGCCGAGCCGCCGCGCGCAGAGGGCGAGCCCGGAGACACGGCAGCAACGCACCAGGCAGAAAACGUGGACGACCGCCAUGUACAAUUCGGCGAGCGUGGCGAGCGCACCGAGCGCGCCGAGCCGCUCGACGCCGCAGACGACGAGCGCCGCGCACAAAGGAACGACCGACACAUUCACCCUCACAAUGCGCGCAAGUAUUCGUUGCAAGAGGGCGGCGCGGGCGGCGCGAGACGCGUGUCGCUUGCGCCGGCGCAGGAGCCGCUGCUGGAGGCGGACCGAGAGGGCCGGCACAACCAGCAGAGGAGCACGGUGCAGGUGGGCCGCAAGGACGGCCACGACCGGCCGCAGCACAUCCUCAGCGACGCCGCCUUCCGGAAGAUGUACGACAGGAACCCCCACUCGGUGUUCGUGCAGCUGGACGAGCUGCUGGCGACGGAGGACGGCGAGUCCGAGUGGAAGGAGACGGCGCGCUGGAUCAAGUACGAGGAGGACGUGGAGGAGGGCUCGGCGCGCUGGGGGCGGCCGCACGUGGCCUCGCUCUCCUUCCACUCGCUGCUCAACCUGCGGCGCUGCCUCGAGACGGGCGUCGUGCUGCUCGACCUCGAGGAGAAGGACCUGCCCGGCGUCGCCUACAGGGUGGUGGAGAGCAUGGUGUCGGAGGGGCUGCUGGAGGAGGACGACCAGCCGGUGGUGCUGCGCUCGCUGCUGCUGCGGCACCGCCACGUGCACGAGGACCGCUCGCUGCUGCACCGGUUCAGCCUCACCGGCCGCAAGCACUCCUCCUACACCAGCCUCCAGAACCUGUCGGAGCAGCGGCGGCGGCGCAGCUCGUACGCGCUGCCGGCCGACAAGGAGCGCAAGAAGUCGUCGGCCGCCGGCGACCUGCGCGAGGUGGAGUACCUGGCCGCCGCCGCCGCCGCCGCCGCGGCCGAGGGCUCGCAGGACGAGCUGCGCCGCGGACACCACGACUCCAUCCUCAAGCGCAUCCCCGAGGGCGCCGAGGCCACCACCGUGUUGGUCGGCGCCGUCGGGUUCCUCGCGCAGCCGACGAUCGCGUUCGUGCGGCUGGCGCAAGGCAUUCCCAUGCCUUCCAUCACCGAAGUGCCCAUUCCGGUGCGCUUCAUGUUCAUCCUGCUCGGGCCGAGCGGGGCAGACCUCGACUACCACGAAGUGGGUCGCUCCAUAUCGACGCUCAUGUCGAACCCGUCGUUCCACGGGAUCGCGUACAAAGCGGACGACCGGCGCGACCUGCUGUCGGCUAUCAACGAGUUCCUGGACGACUCGAUCGUGCUGCCGCCCGGGGACUGGGAGCGCCAGGCGCUGCUGCCGUUCGAGGAACUGCGGGCCAAGAGCGAGCUGAUACGGAAGCGCAAGCGGGACGCCCUGGAGCGCAAGCGCGCCGCCGCCAGCGCGCCGCUCAGCGAGAAGCAGGCGCUGCUGGAGGCCGAGCGCGCCGCGCCGCCCGACGACGACGACCCGCUCAAGCGAACAGGCCGACUUUUCGGUGGCGUGAUCCGCGACAUCAAGCGCCGCUACCCCCACUACCUGUCGGACUUCCGGGACGGGCUGAACGGCCAGUGCGCCGCGGCCGCCAUCUUCAUGUACUUCGCGGCGCUGUCUUCCGCCAUCACCUUCGGCGGACUGCUCGCUGAGAAGACUUACGGGGCCAUCGGCAUAUCCGAAACACUGGUGUUCACGUGCGCCGGCGGCGUGGUGUUCGCGCUGCUGGCCGGGCAGCCCCUGAUGAUCACGGGCGCGACCGGCCCGCUGCUGCUGCUGGACGAGUCGCUGGCCGGCUUCUGCCGAGCGCAGGGCAUGGACUUCCUCGCGGCGCGCAUGUACUGCGGCCUCUGGAUGAUCGUGAUCGCCCUGUGCGUCGCCUCCGUCGAGGGGAGUGUGGCCGUCAAGAAGAUCACCAGAUUCACGGAGGAUAUCUUCGCGUUUCUGAUAUCACUGAUCUUCAUAUCGGAGCCCAUCACGGCGACCAUCAACGUGUAUCGAGCGCACCCGCUGCUGGAGUACUACCCGUUCGUCAACACCACGGCGACGCCUCUCAAUGCCACGGCGACGCUGCUCAACGCCACAGCGACACCGCUCAAUGUCACUGAUUCGAUCAUGGGGUACGCGCCCGGCGCCCCGCGGCCCAACACGGCGCUGUUCUGCACGAUGCUGACGCUGGCCACCUUCACCAUCGCCUACUACUUGCGCAUCUUCCGCAACGGCAAGUUCCUCGGCCGCAGUGCUCGCCGCGCGCUCGGCGACUUCGGCGUGCCCAUCGCCAUCGUGCUCAUGGUGGGCGUGUCCGCGGGCGUGGGCGUGUUCACGGAGAAGCUGCGCGUGCCGGCGGGGCUGAGCCCCACGGCGGCGCGCGCCUGGCUCGUGCCGCUGAACCCCGGCCUGCAGACCAUCCCCGCGUGGGCCGCGCUGGCCAUGGCGCUCCCCGCGCUCAUGGUCUACAUCAUUGUAUUCAUGGAGACGCACAUUGCCGAACUGAUAGUGGACAAGCCGGAGCGGGGGCUGCGCAAGGGCAGCGGCUUCCACAUGGACAUCGUGAUCAUGUCGCUGGUGAACGCGCUGUGCGGGCUGUUCGGCGCGCCGUGGCAGUGCGUGGCCACGGUGCGCUCCGUCAGCCACGUGGCCGCGCUCACCGUGCUCUCCACCACGCACGCGCCCGGCGACAAGCCCUACAUCGUGGAGGUCAAAGAGCAACGGCUGACGGGGCUGCUGGUGUCGGUGCUGGUGGGCGUGUCGGUGGCGGCGGCCGCGCUGCUGCGCCGCGUGCCCAUGGCCGUGCUGUUCGGCGUGUUCCUGUACAUGGGCAUCUCGGCGCUGGGCGGCAUCCAGUUCUGGGACCGGUUCAUCCUGCUCUUCAAGCCCGUCAAGCACCACCCGCAGGUGCCAUACGUCAGAAGGGUGCCGACGCUGAAGAUGCACCUGUUCACGCUGGUGCAGCUGGCCGGCAUCGCCGUGCUGUACGCGGUGAAGGGCUCCCGCUUCUCGCUCGCCUUGCCCUUCUUCCUGGUGCUGAUGGUGCCGCUGCGGCUCUCGCUCGGCUUCUUCUUCACGCCGCUCCAGCUCCGGGCGCUGGACGGCGCGCAGAAAGACGUGGACUUGGACGACGAGCCCGACUUCUACGAGGAGGCGCCGCUGCCGGGCUAGGCGCUAGGCGCCGUCCGCCGCACUUUAUGUACUGUAAAUUAUUGAUCAAAAUAUUUUUUCAGUAUUGUAACAAUUAAGACAAGUAGGUAUUUACUUAAUAGUAUUUAUACAGAUAUAUAUAUAUAUAUAUAUAUAUAUAUAUAAGAAUGAAAAUAUUUAUUAUAUUAAAGAAUUUUAUUUGAACGGAGUAAAUACUUAUGAACGUGUACGGGCACUAUUUUCCUAAUGAUAAAAGAUUUUAGUUAUACCUUGACCAUUCGUUUAUUUUGUUUUUGACAACUGCCGCUGCAAAUAUGUAUGUUCAACGAAAUAUUAGACAUUCAUAAAAAUCAACUUUUAAAAACGUCCUUAAAAAUAUUCACAAUGUAUAAUCACAUCCAUUAUUCUUCCUCCUGGUUUAGUCCCGGUUACAUCCUCACCACUCUGGAGGGAUGCCCUGGGUAGCCCUUGACCUUAGGGCCGCGAUUGGCGAGUGAGGUCUUACACGAAGCAACUUAACCUUUGCUGGGAACCUAACCCGUAUUGGAUCGAUCAUGUUUUCCAAUCCAGUUACCUGAAUGUGCAGGUUUCCUCGUGAUAUUUUCCCUCAUCGCAAGAGCAUCGGUUAGUAUUCAAAGUAAUGUGGAUCACUACGAAAAUAUUUUUUGUUUAAAUAAGUAGCUAAUAUUUGUAAUCAGUUACGUAGAUUGGAACGUCACCGGUUGCUCGUGCUUGACAAAUGUUAUUAGCCAUGUUUUACUGCAAGUUACUGAAUCGAUUUGAUGCGAUUAAAAACUUAAAACAAUGUACAAUGUAAUUUAAAUACUACCUAAGUAUACCUAUCUACUUAUGCAACACACAUUGGAGCUGUAAUUCAAAAUAUUUUUGUUAUCAAAGGAGAAUGUUACAAUUUCUUUAAAAAAGAUUUUAACAUAUUCGACAAAAAAAUAUUCUUAAAUCGAUAUAACGUUUGAAGGAUGUGAAAUCAAUUGUGGUAAAAAAUGGCAUCGGUAGCUAAUAUUACAACACUAAAUGAGUUGUCAAAAUUAAAAUAAAUGGUUGGACAAGAUAUAUACCUAUAUAGUUAUUAUUUAUAAGGAGGAAAUUAAUAAACCUAUAAUUAAGUGAUAUUGUUGUACAAAUUAAGAAAGCGGUGGACACCGCGAUUCGUACGGGUCAGGUCAGCCUCGCGGUCUCGAGCUAUGAUAUAGCUGAGACGUGGCGAUGAUAGCGAUAUAAUGAUAUCGCACGUAUGUGCAUUCAUAGUGUUGUCAACUAUUGGCCGGGUUGAAGCUUAUAAAUGUGAUAUUAGAAAUGGCUGUGCGACUCCAUCCUGUUAACGCUCGUAAUGCAGCAUUAUGUAGUGUAAGACACUAGCGUAUAGUCCGGGCGUGGGCGUGCUCAGAGCAGAGGCCCACGCGCCGGCAUUCUACUCGUUGAAGGGACGAACCAAUGCUCAAUUUGUUUUACAUUUAAUUCAAUAAAUUUACUUUGUUUCCGAACCAAAGUAUUGGCGCCAAAGAUUUGUACUUAAUGAGAAUUGUCGAAAGUCCCUGGGUGUUUUAAACUUUUAAUAUUGAGGCUGUUUUAAUAUGCAUAUUGUAAUAGCUUGUUUCAUUUCCUCGUGUAAGUCAAAUAAACAAUCUGAAACAAGUCUGAAAGUGCUGGCUUGUUUUCAGUGAUCAAUGUUACCCUUUGAAAUUAUAUAUGUGUUUUUCCUGGGCAGAUCAAGUUAAGAUCAGCACGUAAUUACUUGCCCUGUUGACCUCCAAAGCUGUUGAGUUAGAGGUAGCUUAGGUCGCUGGUAUUCUUGUGUAUACAUGUAUAUGUAUACAUGUAAUAUAUUUCACAAUAUAUCACAUGUACAGAAAACCUUGUACGAGCCAUACCUACUACCUGAGUAACGAUCCAAACAACAAUAGCAAUGGAAACAACCUGUAAGCAAUCCCGAAUACAAAGAGAUAAGUCCGCCUUUGUGCGUCUGUUUUAUAAGUUUAUAUCAAUGAUUGUAGGUACUGCAUCUAUCUUUAAUGGAAAAUGAACAGUCUACAAAUACAAUAUACAAGUACCUAAACAUAAUGGUCUCAAUUUAAAAAAUAUUUUAAUGUAGGUACAUUAAUUUCUCGUGUCAGCAUAUUAUAGUCAAGUGUGGUGUUGGUGCCACACAUUGAUGAUUCCCACGUGCUAAUAAACAAACCACCAAA